AUGGCCUACCCUCAGGAGAUCUUCGGUCGGACGACACUCACAGAGGGAUCCCUCGUUGCACGAAGGCGUGAAGCUGUGGCUUCGAAAGCCCUAUCAUAUCAGCUAGAUGUUCUGCAGAAGACAGGCAGAUAUGAUGCAUUCAAAUUACAGUGGAUCCCUUCAUAUGGGGAUCCUCCUGAUCAUUGGCCAAUUCCAAACCAUCUCUUCUGGGAUUCUGAUAUUGGAAAGUGGAUAGAAGGAGCGUGUUACUUCCUACAUGAUCAUCCGCAUAGAGACAUUCAAUCUGCAGUUGACGAGCUCACUCAGAUGAUAGCGUCCGCUCAACAACCUGAUGGAUAUCUGAACAUCCAUUUCACCGUCGUCGAGCCAGGAAAACGAUUCACCAACAUACGCGACUUCCAUGAACUUUACAACGCAGGUCAUCUGAUCGAAGGUGCUCUGGCCCAUAAUCAACUCUACCAGAACGACGAUUUACUCAAGCCCCUCGUCAGGUAUGUCGAUCUUUUGUAUGACACCUUCGGGCCCAAUGAAGGACAACUACCCGGCUACCCUGGUCAUCCUGAAAUUGAGCUCGCCCUUCUUCGACUAUACCACCGGACGAAAAAUCCCAAGCAUCUUAGCUUAGCAAAAUACUUUCUUACGGAAAGAGGAAAGCUCAACGCCAAGGGCGAGCAUUAUUAUCACCUCGAAGCAAAGAGACGAGGCGAGGAGGGCUGGAUGAAGCCGUCUUUCUGGGGCCAGACCGAUGCCAUGUGGUACUAUCAAGCCCACAAACCCAUCAUGGAACAAGAGACCAUCGAGGGCCACUCUGUUCGCGCUAUGUAUCUCCUCACAGCAGCAUCGGACCUGGUACGGCUAGAAGACAACGCCAACAAGCCCCUGAAAGACGCCAUCUACAGAUUGUGGGACAAUAUGGUCCAAAAGAAAAUGUACAUCACCGGAGGAAUCGGCGCGAUCAAACAGUGGGAAGGCUUUGGUCCGGAUUACUUCCUCCCUCAGGGGACGGAUGAGGGUGGCUGUUACUCCGAGACGUGCGCUGCGAUUGGUGUCAUGAUGCUCGCCGAAAGGAUCUUGCAGUACGAUCUUGACCGACGAUUCAGCGACGUCAUGGAGUUGUGUCUCUACAACGCCAUGCUCACGUCCAUGUCCAGCGAAGGAACAAAGUUUACAUAUGUCAAUCAGCUUGCUUCCAGCGACAAGGACCUGUCGAAACGUGAGGAGUGGUUCACCUGUGCCUGCUGCCCACCUAACGUUCUGAGACUACUCGGACAAAUUGGUGGGUACAUUUAUUCCCAUUUUGAGGAGCAGAAGCAACUGAAUGUCCACCUGUAUAUCCCAAGUGAGACAAAAAUAAAGUCCGGUUGCCAGGAAACCAUCUUAAGUCAGAAGAGCAACUGGCCAUGGGACGGGCAAAUCGAAUUCGAGCUUCGUGGGGAAUCGUCGCAGCUCAGCGUUGGCCUCAGGAUCCCAGCAUGGAGCAAGAACUGGAAAGUAACGCCCUCGCCACCAACGACAACCCUCGAGAAAGGCUACCUCAUCCUACCUGCCGACUGGGUGUCCGCUCAUCCACGCUUCACACUCGACAUUGACAUCUCGCCCCGUUUCAUCGCUCCACACCCGUAUACGAACCAAGACACAGUCGCUGUGGCGCGCGGCCCAAUCGUAUACUGCGUUGAAGACAUAGACAACACUUGGGUCAAAGACCACUUCAAGAGCGUGCAGCUCGACCCUGCCAGCGCAUCUGUGCACGAGAAGUUUGUGACGGACGAGACCACGGGAGACUCUUACACGGCGCUUACCAUCACUAACGGCGCUCGAAUCCUUGACGUGGAUAGAAUAAAUGCGCAGCCGGGCCUUGACGUCGGUGAUUUGCAGAGUGAGGAAGGCUCACAGAGUGGUGUUCUUGACGAGUUGAAGUUUGUGCCGUAUUAUUUCCGAGCUAACCGUGGCGGAUCUGGGCAGGCGAGAGUGGGCUUGAAGAGGUGGCAUAGAUCGAAAUGA